AUGACCUCCGUUACAAAUAUUUCAAAGAUCGAUAUUGAUGAAGCUGAUAUAUUGGUCCUUUCAAGGGGCCUUGAGAAGACUAGUAAAUUGACAUAUGACAUUAAUAAAUCACUGAGCAAAAUAGUACAGACAUCGGAUCACUCAACCAAGUUAUUUGUACCAAUCUUAGGUAGAAAUAAUGAGCUUACAAUAUUGCAAAAAAAUAUAGAGAGUACAUUAAAUUCUGUUGCUUCUGUGAAGGACCUUGCUACAGAAGCUUCAAAAUAUGAAAUUCUUCUAUCAAAGGGGAUUAAAGAAGUUGGUAUAAAGAAUUACACGCAACUUAUUCAUAGGCUUGAUGAUAUGGCUGAAAGUAUAAAUAUAAAUAAUAAACAGAGUGCUGAAUUCAAUGGUAUUUUGGUACGUCUGACGGAGGUUAUAAAAGACAGUGAGACAAAUUUAAGAAUGUAUUUUGUAGCCAUAUUAAGAACAAUUAAACCAUUCGACCCUCAAAUUAACAUGAACAAAAAAAUACCCUUCCCAUAUUACGAAGAUCAACAAUUAGGUGAAUUGUCUUCCAUUCUAGACUAUUUCUAUAAUAAUUCCGAUAUAGAUGCUAUCCAAGAAUCAUUGGUUAAUGAGAGAAGUGAAACCAUUCUUAGAUCAAUGGCGUUCUUAGAACCUUUUGCAAAAAGAAUAACAACAUCUAAAAAUGCACCAUAUGAGAAGGGUUCAAGUGGUAUGAACCCUUACACUGAAGCUAUUCUGGGUUUCAUUGCCAACGAAAAAUCUCUUAUGGACGAUAUAUGUUCCCAAUAUAUGACAUUCAAAGAGCCAAUCUUAGAUGCUAUUUUGAAACGCUUGUUAAAGACUUACUCUAAAUUGGUAAAUUACAAUUUAGAAUCUGUGAAAGGUAAUCUGGAUAACACUGGUAUAUUUAGUUUUGAACUGGUAGAGAGUGUGCAAAACGUAAGAAGAUCCCUUAAAUUUAGUCAAAAUUUACAGAAUUUAGAUUCAUUAGUUCAAUGUUCAAGUAAAAUAGAUAAAGUAACACAAUCUUUAUUUAAGGAUACUGUCCAGAGAAUCGGUGAAAAGGUUAACAGACUUUCUUCUUUACCUACCGAUAACGGUGUUACAGAGUCAACCGUCGAUACGAUGUCUAGAUUAAGAAAAUUAAGUGAGUUCCAGAGCGGAUGUAUUACUGCCAUUGCUACAAUGGGAAGGGAUAAUUGGUUAGUCGCAUCGUCUUCACCAAAGGAUUUUACGUUCAAUGACAAUUUUUUGAAUAAUUGCAGUGAAAAAGAGAUACCAAUGAGGUUGCUAUCUUGUUUCUUCAGUGAUUGUAUUGAUACAUUAUGUUUACUGCUUGAAAAGAGAGCUGAAAAAAUAUUAGGGAAUAGUUUCUCAUCCGAGAUCUCUAAUCCUACCUUAAUACAUUCAUCUUCUAAAGAUAAUUUUAGUAGCCCUAAACAUAAACAAAGAAUUGGUUACUUUAUAUUAAUGAAUAUUUCUUUAGUCGAACAGAUUGUGGAAAAAUCCAACUUGAGUUCAAUAUUAGGACAAGAAGGUAGCUCACGGAUUAAGAAAUUGCAUAAAAGAUACGUCGAUUAUAUGGUUGCUGACUGGAAAGAUCUUACAGCUAUUUUAAUGGAUGCUGUGUUCAUAGAUAGUACUGGUAAAAAAUCAAAGGAUAAAGAACAAAUAAAGGAGAAGUUUAAGAGGUUUAAUGAUGGUUUUGAAGCACUUGAAAGUAAGACUAAACAGUAUAGAUUGACAGAUCCGGCUUUAAAGAAACGUUUAAAAUCCGAAAUUGUCUCUUUGAUAAUUCCAAUGUACGAAAGAUUUUACGGGAGAUACAAGGACUCGUUUAAAAAUCCAAGAAAGCAUAUUAAGUAUACUCCUAUAGAGUUAACUUCAGCAAUUGAUCAAGUAACACGUUAA